CAGAGCAUGAAUCUCCGUCCCCUUCAAUUCCUACUAAACCCCCUACAAAACAAUAUCUCCAAAAUCAUCCCAACAAUGAGCACAUCCCCAUCCCUCCUCUCGUCUCCCCUGACGCAACCCCAACCCGUAAUAGUGGUUGGCUCCGGCCUGGCUGGCCUAUCAGCAGCAACACAACUCAUCUCCCACCAAGUCCCCGUCAUAAUGCUCGAGCGAGCCCCCAAAGCCGGUGGAAACAGCAUGAAAGCUUCAUCCGGCAUAAACGGGGCGCCCACAAAAUUCCAACCCGAGGGCGGCAGUGACUCGCAAGAGCUAUUCUUCGCCGACACGGUCAAAUCAGCAGGGAACGUCCUCGCAUCGUCCCCGGCGGAGGAGCAUAAACGGCGGGAAUCACUUAUUUCGACCCUUACUGCUUCAUCUGCGGAGGCGGUUUACUGGCUGUCGGAGGAGAAGGGGGUGGACUUGAGUAAGGUUUGUCGGUUGGGGGGGCAUAGUCAGCCGCGGACGCAUCGGGGGGCAGGCCAACGGCCGCCGGGGAUUUCAAUCGUGAGUGCGCUUUUGGAUCCGUUGAAAGCGAACAAGCUUUUUCAAUUGAGGGAGGGGGCGAGGGUUACCAGGGUGUUAAGGGAGGCGGGGGAGGUCUUGGGGGUUCAGUAUGCGGGUGAGGAGGAUAGUAGGACCACGCUUAAUGGGCCGGUUGUGUUUGCGAGUGGUGGAUUUGCCGGUGACGCCCAUGGACUGCUGGCGAAGUAUCGGCCUGAUUUGGCUGGGAUACCGUCGACGAAUCAGGCGGUGGAGGGGACGCAGCCGCUUCUUGAGGAAGUUGGGGCUGGACUGGUGGAUAUGGAACAGGUGCAGAUUCAUCCAACUGGUUUCUUGGAUGAGAAAGAGCCCUCGGCGUCUGUUAAGAUCCUUGCGGCGGAAGCGCUUCGUGGCGAAGGGGGGAUUCUGCUUCUAGGAGAUGGGACUCGGUUUGUGAACGAGCUGGAGACUCGAGAGCAUAUUACGAAUGUUAUUAUGCGCUCGGCGAAGCCGUUGGAGACAGAUGCGCGUCAGUGGGAUGUCAAUCUUCUCUUGGAUGAAGGGACUGCUGCUGCCUUGGGGUCGCAUAUGGGGUUCUAUUUAUGGAAAGGGUUGGUGCGCAAGACUACGGUGGGCGAGCUUGAUCCAUCGAUGCUUGACACGGUCAGGAAAUAUGCAGAUAUUGUUUCCGGCAAAGAGAAGGAUGAGUUUGGCCGUACGGCUUUCGGCAACUGGUCUCUGACGGACGUGACAUCGGACUCCGUAGUCUACAUUGGAAAAGUCACCCCUGUUACACACUUUACGAUGGGAGGCGCUACAAUUGAUGAGCAUACCCAAGUGCUAGCUAAAGAUGGAACCCCGAUCAAGGGUCUGUGGGCGGCAGGAGAGGUUACAGGAGGUCUUCAUGGUCAGAAUCGCUUGGGAGGAUCAUCGCUUCUAGAAUGCGUUGUCUUCGGAAGAAUAGCGGGCAACGAGGCAGCUGCCUUUCAUAAGAAGCACUAUUCUUCCUGAUGUCUGUAAAUUGGCUAUAUAGCGGAGUUCUAGCCCUUCUUUUCAUUUCUAUUCUUGAGCGGUGAUUAAUAUACGUGAUAAUUCGCUACUCCUUCC